AUGAGCAUCCCAGACAGUGCGGACCGCGGGCGAAGACUCGACCACCAGCAGCGAGCUUACCAGCUGCAGGUUGUCGGAGGACUGCAGGGUAUGGGUCGGUGGACGGUUUACGGUCUUCUCGGCGUCGGAGCCAUGCACGCUUUCUGGCCCCUGUUCCGAAAGCAGACGUGGGCGAUCAAGGCGUUCCUCGUGACGAGCUCAAGUAUCUUCGGGCUCUGUAUCGGUGCUGAGGACAACCUGCUCCGAUACGAAGCCCAGCAGCGAGCAACAGAAAACGCAUUGCGGCGUGAAGCGCGCAAUGCCCUCGCGCUGAAGGGCAUCAUCGCUACUGAGGGCGAGAUCCGCAAGUGGCUCAAGGAGCAGGAGGCGGAGCGACGGGCGAUUUCCGAGGCGCGGGCCAAGGUUGCGAUCGAGGCGAUCGACGCUGGCGACGCGGCCGAGUCGGCCGAGGCUGGAAACGUUGCGCGCCUCGCGACUGCCUUCCACGAGAAGCGGGACCAGGCUCGCACCCAGAACACGACGCAGGAGGUUUCCGAGCUCGCCGAGGCGAUCAAGAAGACGCCUGGAUCUGUUGAGGUCGACACCUCUGCUCCUGUGCCGGCACCCGAGGAGCCCGCCGCAGAGAGCAAGUAG